AUGCAGUACGCUUUCAGAAACGGCAGAGCGCUGGCGGUACUGCUGUUCGUGCUCUUCCAUCUGUGUCUUAUCGCCUCGGCGCAGCAUGAAAACAGUAGUAACAAGACAUCUGUCCCUGCCGUCAGCAGCAGCAGCAGCAGCGGCAGCAGUAGUAUCGCCAACACCAGCGUCUCUUCAACACAGGAUGCACGAAACAGCGAGUUACGCCAAACAACAUGUCGCACUGGUACGGUCAACUACAUCACCCACUCCCUGCCUCAGCAGUGUCUGAACCGCUCUUCACCGACUUCGAACUCGACCACCAGCCUCACCCCUACCGUCACUCCUGCUCCGGUCACUGCAGACUCGACAUCCAUAUCAAGCAGUCUUACUCCAGAAAAGCCACAUACCUCCUCCACAGAGAUUCGGCAGCCUUCCGCGAUACAACCCGAAGCCGAGGUCGAGACAGACUCACCAUUGGACAAUGCAAACUUCUUGUCGUUCGAGGAAUGGAAGAAACAGAACUUGGCCAAAGUUGGUCAGUCGCCUGAGCAUGUCGGCCAGAAGUCACACCUCAGACAGGACAAGGUCGUUCGCGAACCGCGACCCAUCGACAAUGCCCUCGAUAUUCUUGGCGAAGACUCCGAAAUCGAGUUGGACUUUGGUGGCUUUGGAAGGCAGGAUAGUCUUUCGUCAUCAACUGCCAGUGCUCAGCCUGCGGCGGCUUCUGAACCCACUCUUCGAAGCAAGGAUGCUGGCAAGACUUGCAAAGAACGAUCCAACUAUGCCUCGUUUGAUUGUGCCGCAACCGUGCUCAAAUCCAACCCUGAAUCCAAGUCUGCGCACUCUGUCUUGAUCGAGAACAAGGAUAGCUAUAUGCUCAACAUUUGCUCGAGCUCAAACAAGUUCCUGAUUGUCGAACUUUGUAACGAUAUCUUCAUUGAUACCAUCGUCCUGGCGAACUACGAGUUCUUCUCCUCGAUUUUCCGUACCUUUAGAGUCUCGGUAUCCGAUCGGUAUCCUGUGAAAGCAGAUCGCUGGAGAGAACUUGGUGUAUUUGAGGCGCGGAAUACUCGUUCAGUUCAAGCUUUCCUGGUUGAGCAGCCACUGAUCUGGGCCAGGUAUCUUCGGAUUGAGUUCCUGACUCAUUACGGUAAAGAGUAUUAUUGUCCGGUCAGUCUUCUCAGGGUACACGGUACUACGAUGAUGGAAGAGUUUCGACACCAGGAAGAGUUGGCUCGUGGUGAAAUCAGCGAUGAUCUGGAGGAAUCCGUCAUGCCUGAUGCUUCGCUGUCUCCUGCUCAGGAUCCUCCUCAAGAACCUCUUCAGUCUUCGAAAGAAGCUGACAAGUCUAUUGCUGUAGAGUCUGCAAAACCUGUCGAGACUGCAACUGAAAGCUCCACUGUUUUGCCAUCAUCAGGCGCACCUAGAGAAUCUUCAAGUGCUUCGAGAGUGUCUACAUCGACAAGCUCUGAGGUACAAUCUCCCAUCGCUAACAGGGAACAUACAUCGACCAUCACACAACCCCUCACAAAGAGCGCUUCCAAGGACGCGUCAUCAAACAACAGCACCACACCAGAUACAAAUGACAUAUCACAGACCACUGCAGACUCUAACACACAGACAAGCAAUCUUAAGAACACGACAUCGACGUCCAUCCGAGUCGCCUCAAGCCCAACCAAUAGCUCGUCAGGGGCGGUGAUAUCCUCUGAGCCCAUCGUCACGCCUCAAGCAAAAACAUCCUCUACAAUCGCUGAUGCUGUUAAGAAUUUUUCGCAACAGAUACCGCAAGAUUCGAGCAGCAAAUCGGUGUCUGUCAAGUCUAGCAUCUCCCAGUCUGCCAACUCUAGCGCUCACAUCAAAAGUGCUAACGCAAGUAACAAGCAGUCGUCUCCAGCGCCUGAGGUUCACCAAAAACCCGGUACAUCGACUGUCUCUUCAGCUCAUGCGAAUCCCAGCACUCAAGAGUCAUUCUUCAAGUCGACCCACAAACGUUUGCAGAUGCUCGAGACCAACGCUACGCUGUCUCUCCAGUAUAUCGAGGAGCAGUCUCGCAUCCUGCGCGAUGCCUUUAUCAAGGUUGAGAAGCGACAGAUAAAAAAGACUGAAUCAUUCCUUGAGAACCUGAACGCAACUGUAUUUGCUGAGCUCCAAGACUUCAAACAACAGUACGAUCAGUUGUGGCAGAGUACCGUCAUCGAGCUUGAUAAUCAUCGUGACCAAUAUCAGAGGGAGAUUCAUGCUGUCAGUGUUCGGUUGAGCAUCGUCGCUGAUGAGUUGUUGUUCCAGAAGCGUAUGGCCAUUGCUCAGAUGACGGUUUUGAUGGUCUGUUUGAGCCUUGUCUUGUUCGUACGCACAGGAGCCAGUGCCAGUCUGGACAUCCCCAUUAUUCAGCAGAUGGUCAACAAGUCACAAUUCGGAAGGGGCGCUUACGACUCUCCUCUUAAUUCACCCUCACCAGACCAGCAAUCUCCUCCCUUUACCAAUGGAGAGGUCAGACGCAGGAGAGGAUUCUGGAGAGGCAGUUUUCAUUCACCUGCAUCCCCCAGACCUAUUUCCAGAGGCAAUGGGAAUAUAUCUGAGGCAUCUAUGGAGGAACAUCCUAGGGUUGAGAAUCCUGACCUUAGGUUCCAGCCACCAACGCCAACUUUGGGGGUCGAAAACACGACAGAUGGCGAAGACGGCAUUAUAGUGGCACCUUCGGCAUCAUCUCUACAUGGCGAAGGCACGUUUGUCGAGGAGGGAAUAGAGAGUGACGAAGAAGAUCAGGGAGAAGAAGAAGACUUCGAGAGUUCUUCGGCAUCGUUACCACAAGAGACACAGUCAUCGCCCUCGACACCAAGUGGCUCGCGAGACCUCAAGAUGCAACCUUGGCCGGCUGGAGAUGAGAGUGGAAUUGGAAGCGAUGAUUGA